GCGUUGAUAUGAUUGGCCGGCGAAUAGCAGUCCUCUUUUCCUUUCCGGCUGCUUGAGCAUCCACGGCCAUCAUGAAUGACACAGUAACUAUCCGGACCCGGAAGUUCAUGACCAACCGACUACUUCAGCGGAAACAAAUGGUCAUAGAUGUCCUUCACCCUGGGAAGGCAACGGUACCCAAGACAGAAAUUCGGGAAAAACUAGCCAAGAUGUACAAGACCACACCAGAUGUCAUCUUUGUAUUUGGAUUCAGAACCCAUUUUGGUGGUGGGAAGACAACUGGCUUUGGCAUGAUUUAUGAUUCCUUGGAUUAUGCAAAGAAAAAUGAACCAAAACAUAGACUUGCAAGACAUGGCCUGUAUGAGAAGAAAAAGACCUCAAGAAAACAACGAAAGGAACGCAAGAACAGAAUGAAGAAAGUCAGGGGGACUGCGAAGGCCAAUGUCGGUGCUGGCAAAAAGAAGAAGUGAAGUGUCUAGCAGUGAGCUGGAGAUUGGACAACAGAAGGAGUAAAGAUUCUGCAGUGACUUUAUCUGUGGUGAUUGUGCAGAUUUUUCAUGAGAGGAUUAAUAAACUGAACUUUAUCUGUGGUGAUUGUGCAGAUUUUUCAUGAGAGGAUUAAUAAACUGAACUUUUAUGUG